AUGUCAUCAUCGGAUGCAUCAGACCUAGUCGAUAGCGACGACGCCGAGGUCUCGUCACCGCCGACGAAGUCAUCCCGAAGCCGAUUCCUGGAGCGUUCUGCAGGGAAAGGCAAGGCCGCGAGCCGCCCGAAGGCAGCGUCCGCAGCACCAUGUGCCCCUGCUAGAAACAGGCGAGGCAUUCGAAAAGAUUACCUUCAGGAGGAGGAACGCUCUUCUUCUAGCUGGCACGGAAGCGGCAGCGACGAUAGCGGUGGUAGCAGCGACGAAGGCGGCGGCGGAGGUCGGCGGGGGCAAUUGGCAGAUGGACGGAAAGACACCAGGAAAAACCCUCGUGUCGCCGCAAGUAGGAGGAGGGCAACCGCCAAAUCGGGAGGGCGACUCGACAGCACGAGAUCAGGCGCGAGAACGGAGGCCAGCACGCACAGGCAACGCCCACCCAACAGCAGUAGCGUCAAAGCUCCCCCGCCCCGAAGAAAAUCAGCAGUCGGGAAAGGACCGAAGCGUGCUGAUUCGGACAGCCCGUACGCUGGCUGCGAUGAUGCUGAGGACAGCGAGGAGGAAGACCAGGAGUUCAUGCUCGAGGAAGACAUGCCCGCCGCGGGAUCAAGGGGAUUGGCGACGCUGAGGGGAGGCAACGCCGCCCGGCGGCGGACGCGAGCAAUAUCACGAACCACCGGUGACACUGCUCACGGCACAGCGACUCGGAGCGGCGCGCGAAAGCGUCCGAUACGCACGUCAACUGCUGCAGGGUUCCCCCAGCUCUUGGAGUCCGCCAGUGAUGAUGACGAUGAUGACCAGAGCCUGCUAAGCGUGGCCACAGUGAAGCCGCCGAUAAAACACGCUGGUUCAGUGAGCGGCGAUAGCCAAGCCGGCGGUGGUGGUGGCGCGACCUCGACUCUUACCCCGUUCGCACUCUCGGACGACGACGACGACGGCUGCCUGAGAAACACGGACAGUGACGAUGAUGGCACGGCGGGGGGAAGCGGUGGCGGCGGUGGCGGCGGUGGCGGCGACGGCGUUAGCAGCAAUAGCAGCGACGAGCCCGUGCUGUGCCGGUGCGGCGCGCGGGAUUGGCGGGACGGUACUCGGUGGAUCCGCUGCGACGUCCCGGGAUGCAGGACGUGGGAACACCUGGCUUGCGCGUACCCAGGAGAAGCACUUGAGGAUAGAGGCGGAGAGGAAGGGCGUGAGGAAAAGGCCCACGUUUGCGGCGGUUGCCAAGCGAAGGGGUCAUCCACCGCAGCGGCGGGUGCGACUAGAGGGGGACGACGCUCCCUGACACGCUGGGGCGAUGAUGGACCUUCGGCGCCGUCGCCCGCGCACUCGUCGACCUCGCUGUCGCCCCCUGUUGGCCAAAAUACUCCCUCGGGUAGCCAGCGAUCGCCCGGCGCCGGGAGUCCGAGCGUGAGGCGUUCUCAGCGGGUGUCCAGGCUGGAAGGAAUGAGGGUGCGGCUGCGGAAGAACGUCGUCGGGGACGAAGAAUCUUGUUCUAGUUCCAACGACGACCCGAGCUCGCCACGUGUCGGCGUGGUAAGGAUCGGCGGUGUCGACGGGGACAGUAUCGACCACACGGAAGAAGACGGCGAAUCGGAAAGCGACGGGUUCUGGGCGCCCGAGGGCCAGGUGGAAAUCUCGCAAGAGUACCGUUGUCGGUGCGGGGCUACUCGCGGGGACGACCCCCGUGGUGGUGCAGGCGACGGGGACUGGGUGCAGUGCCAUUCCGAUGCGUGUGGGUUGUGGGAACACGCCGCGUGUUGCGACCACGGGUGCUCGGCUCCGUCGCGAAACGCAACAACCAGGAGGCACUUCUGCCUGGACUGCGACCCAAAGGGCAAGAAACACGCCAGGUGGGAGGACAAGAUGCGGAAGAAGCUGAAACGCGAGCUCGCCGCCCGGCAGGCGGCGGCGUCGGGACGAGCAGCAACGGCGACAGCAACUGCUUCAGGCGUGGCGACGGUGACCGGAACGAAGAAAACGGAGGCGGAAAAGCGAUUCGGGGCCAUGGUUCGGGGGCUCUGGAUGGCGGUUGUUUCCGGGAACGCCCCCCUGGUUGAGAAGGCGUUCCGCGAAGCGGAAGGGUCGGAUGUUCCUGUGAGACGGUUGGUAUCCGCGGGCCCGCCCGAGGCAUGUCCGAAUGUUGUGUCUUUGCUAGCCGGUGGUCGUGCCCGCGACGGCGGGGCAGGAAAAGGGGCUGCCAAGGACGACGACAAGGCCAUCGAGAUCGAAGCCCCGUCGGCGAGCUACCCUCUCCCGGCGGGUUUGAGCCUCCUCAUGGUCGCCGCGGGCUACUGGAAGGUCAUCGCUGACGAGACAGCGGCUACGCUCGACAUGUCUGCUGGUGCUGCUAGUGCCGCUGCUGCCACAGUUCUCCCCGACACCAGUUGCAGCGCUAAGGUUAGCAAUACCUUGCCGUGUGCGGAAGACAGGCCGGAAAAGGCAGCUGGGGCGGCAGAUCUUGGGGGUAGUAUAGACCCGUUGCCUGGUACCCCAACGCUUCCGUUGCCUGUCGAUGGGGUCGCCGGGACUGUCCGGUCUGGAGAACAGGAAUUAGUGGCAACAGCAAGCAAUGCUCCGAUUUGCAAGACGGCAACACGCCCGGUGGACGAAACGACUACCGCACGUCCAGGUCUAGUCGCUACAACAGACGCCCGCGCUGAACCGGCCCAAACUCCUACCGCUAGGAGCACCAAAACAGCAGCGGCGGCGGCGACGGCGGUAGCUACUUGCACUGCUGCUGCCAGCGGGGCGGACUUCCCCCAGCUUGCCAGCGACGCGAGACUGGCGGUGCUCCGCUUGGUUCUGGAGCGCAGCCGCGAACGAGCGGUGCUCGGCGUCGAUGCCGAAGGCAGAACCGCGUUGCACCACGCUGCUGCGGUCGGCGGGGCCGGCGAGGUGUCCCUUCUUCUGGAAGGGGAGCUAGGCAGAGGAGCGGCCCUCAUGGUGUCCCACGAGCGGCUCACGCCCCUUCACGUCGCCGCGGCCGCCGGCCACCCCGAGACCUGCGUCUCUAUACUCCGAGCCCUUGCCCCCGGGCCCAGGGCAGCCGUACUGGAGGCGAGCGACGCGGGGACUUCGGACGAGACCGCCUUGCACCUGGCUUGCCUCGAAGGGCGCUCUGCCUGCGUACGGGUCAUUCUGGACGAGGACAGUAGAGUCGAGAGGGAGCUAGCCGACGAGAUGACCAGUCACGUUGUUAACGGCGUGCCGGCCGAGACCCCCCCCCCCCACAUCCCGGUGGUGCUGGCGAGAACGGCGGAAGGCGCGACCGCGCUGAUGGCGGCCGCCGGCUGCCCGUCUCCCUCUUGCGUGGGGCUAAUCAUUGGAAACCUAAGGCGGCGCAUCAUCCCGCAUCCGCGAUCGAAGCUGUCGGAGCUGAGGGCCGUGGACCAGUUGGGCAUGAACGCGUUGCAUUACGCUGCCGGCCGAGAUGCAGAAGGCUCCGUUUCCGCUGCGAAGGCGGUUCUUGCCGCGGAGAGGUCGAUCGCGUGCGAUUACUCGGCGGGGUGGGGGGAGGAGGCGAAUAUCAACGCCGGAGACGCCAACAACCACGCUUCUCCCUUGCACCUCGCCGCGGCCAUCUCUCACAAGGAAAUGGUAACUCUGCUGCUAACCGAAGGGGCGAACUCGGUACUGGAGGAUCGGCAAGGGUGGACGCCGGUCAUGUACGCCGACUUCGGGGGAAGAAAGGAGGGCGCCGUGCUGGAGCUGCUUCAGCACGAGCCCGAGAAGCAGCUGGAGGCACUGGGCAGGGUCCUCUCUUCCCCCGGCGGCGGCGGCGGCGGCGGUAUCGACCAACACCACCAUUCUAGAAUCGUGGAGGUCGUGCAGAACCUGGUGACCGUUCCCUCUUUCUUCUCCCUCGUCAACAGGUUCAUCCGGAAGAAGCCAGACCUCCUGCUCGGCUCCCUCAGCUUCCUAAAGGACGUGCCGGGACUGCUGGACUUCGAGAAUAAGAGGGUCCUCAUGCGGAUGCUCAUCGACAACCACGAUGAGGACACUCGCAACGAUUAUCACCUCCUCGCUUUCCCUCCCAUGGGCGGCUUCGGCUACGAGUUCGAUGGCCAGAUCUGCAUCCGCCGCGGCGCUGGGCAGGCUUUGGGCGCUCUCCUAGCCUGGAUGGAGAGCGCGGCCCGUCGGUGGCGAGAGGAAGGGCUUGCCGCCUGGCUCAGGGUCCGCCAGCCGGCGUUCACCUUCGACAAAGAGGCCGGGUACGGCCAGGGAGUGGAGCGCGAGGGGGGGGGUGGAGAGGCGGCGUUGCAGGGUCGGCAGGAGAGAGACAAGGACCUGAAAGGGUUCGAACUUCUGGGCAUCUUGAUCGGGGCGAACCUGGCCUGGAACAAGGUUCUGAACCUGAACCUGAACCCGGUGGUGUGGAAGGUCAUGUUGUCGCGGAAGGUGCGCCAGUCCGACCUCGAGCUGGUGGACCCUAUGUAUUUCAAGAGCCUCAUGCAGAUACUGGAGACGGAGGGCGUCGGUCAGUUUUGCCUGCAGUUCGGAGACCUCGCGCUCAACUCCUGCGCCGACACGGCGGGGAUAGAUCCCGACGAUGCCGUCACCGACGAAAACAAGGCGCUCUACGCCAAGCUCGCACUGGAGAGCAAGACCACCGGCCGCUGGCGGAAGCAGGCCAAGGCCCUCGCCCACGGCAUGCGGAGGCUGGUGCCCCUGGGCCUGCUCAAGAUGUUCACGGAGAACGAGCUCGGCCUGCUCUUAGCGGGGCCUGGAGACAUCGACCCUGGCGACUGGGAGAGAAACGCGCACUUCACGGGAGAGCCGACGGCGAUGUUGCGGAGGUGGUUCUGGAACGUGGUGCGCUCUCUGACCAAGGAGGAGCGGUCGCUGCUGCUUCAGUUCGCCACGGGGUGUUCGAGGCUGCCGGCGGGAGGGUUCAGGGGUCUGGCCCCCCGUACGUUUACGGUGGCGAUGAUCGACUACGAUCCUGAGAGGCCGCUGCCCAUGGCAGCGACGUGCUUCUACAUGCUCAAGCUGCCGCGAUACCCGGACCUUUACUCUCUCAGGAAAAACCUCCUGGUGGCCAUACGCCACGGGGCCGCUGGCUUUGAGUUUUCGUAG